AUGUCCACCUUCAACAGCGUCAAGUAUUCAUUAUUGAAUUCCGAGAAAUCGCAAUUCAAUCUAAUUUUUUAUCCCGUUGUUAUCAUAGUUAUCGUUAUAUUUUUAUUUUAUUCAUUAGCGGAUGCAGGAAUCCUCACAAUCCCAGAAAUUGCUCCGUUGGCUCAUAGUAAUUUGAAUUUAAAUGAGUGUCCACUUCGACGAUGGAAUAAGAUUCGCACUGAUUUUAUUCCAAACGACGAUGCUCACAAGUUUUGGCAGCAGAGAGGUGUCGGCAGAAAGGAUAAUUUUUAUCACAAAUCUCCAAGCCCGUUUGCUGCAUAUGCUUAUAAGGACCACAUCGCAGUGACAAUGACAAAUGAAAAUUCCUAUGGGAAGCAAAUGUUCUGUCGAUAUUUCGAUUGUAUGCAACGCGAAAUUGGCGACCCAUUCGAGUCAUCGGUGUUUCCGGAGAGCACCGUCUUCUGUGCACACCGAGUUGGCGCCGAGUUCAUCACGUUGACAAUGACGAUCGAUAAGAGCGAUUAUGAGCAACCCGUUCGAAUCAAACCUAGAAUUGAGCAAGAGCAUUUCUUCACGGUGUGCUUGGCUUCGUUGUAUGGCGAUGAGCCGAAAUUUAUUCAAAUCUCCGAUUUUGUUGAGUAUUAUAAGCUGCAGGGAGCUUCUUUCAUCCAUUUAUAUCUUCGCAAUGUGACCAAAUAUGAUCGUCGAAUGCUUGACAGCUAUGCUCGAAGUGGAAAUAUCGAGGUCAUUCAGAUGCAUGACAAUGAUUGGAGGCCCGAUUUCGAAUGGCACAACGCUCAAAUCAAUGAUUGCCAUUUUCGUUCAAAAGUAUUUUCGAAAUGGACAGCAUUUUUGGAUAUUGAUGAGAAAAUUGAAAUGCUAACACCGAAAUAUCGGCGAGUGAUCGAUUAUUUAAAAUCAAUUACCGAUCCAGACAUCAGCGAGCUUAUGUUUCGUCUUCGAUGGGUUCAGAAGACGGCUGAUGAUCCUCCAAAGUAUAUAAACGAUGAGCAGAUGGCUGAAAAUUUGAUUUAUCGCAAAUUCAACAUGACGUCCACAAAAGUGAUGAGCGUUUCAUUGCAACCAAAAGCGAGGUACAAAAAUACUCGAACUAUAAUUGUGAAUUCGAAAAUUGCUCUUAUAAGACAUUAUCGAAAUCUCAAGCUACGCUCAUUUAGCCCAUUGGCUUUAGAGAGAAUUAAUAGUCAUGGUCCAUACGUUCCCACUCGAAUUGCACCUUGGCUAGAUGAAGGAUUAACUAAAAAUAUACUUGGUCGAAUGCGUUUUGUUUAUGGCGAAGUAUGUCAAGUUUGA